AUGAUCGCGAAAAGUUGCCCAAAAUGCGAAUUGCAGGUAGCUGUUGCUUUAAAGGCAUGUAAAUGUGGUCACGCAUUCUUUUCGGCGCGCCGCGGUGCUGAUGCUUUACCAGCGGCUGAAGACAUCAGGAGGAGGACUGGAAGAGUGAGACGUUCACAGCCACAGUUCUAUGACUCGCAACACUAUCAGAAACAGAAGAAAAAAUCGCCAAAGAAGAGAACAUUGUCCAACGCUAUUGAUAGAGGCUUAAAGAAGGAAAAGGGAGAAAGUGCGACUGCCAGAGCACGUCGACGGCGCGCACUGAGACGCGCCGCCCGUUCCCCAGCAGUGGGCGAACGCACACGUGAUCCCACGCCACAGCUGCGUCCCGCACAGAUAGCGCGAUGUCGACUCAUUUUACAGGAGAUCAACAGGAAAAUGCGCGCCGUCACUUGGCGCCCACCCACCGACGUCUGA